AUGAGCUUAAACCUCCCUUGAAUUAAUCAGCUUUCAUAAUUUGCAAUGUAAAACGUCAUUUUCUUUCUUCCAAACCAACCACGAUGACGAAAGAGCUUCUGCAGCUUCCUCUGCAGCAGCUCCAACAACGGUGUCGUUUUGAACUUCCUUUUCCAAUGUUGAACUUCGCAUUCUCAGAUUCGUCUCUUCCCUCUACCUUUUGAAUCCCUUCUAUAGCCGUUCUCAACUUCUCCUCAUCCCGUUUCAGGAAUCGGUUUUGCUUGUAUCUAGGAGAGGGAAAUCUGUUGCUAACUGAUAACAUGGAGCAGUAUGAAGUGCUUGAACAAAUUGGAAAAGGCGCUUUCGGUUCUGCUCUUCUUGUCAAGCAUAAGCAUGAGAAGAAAAAAUAUGUGCUGAAGAAGAUUCGCCUUGCCCGCCAAACUGAACGCUCUCGUAGGUCUGCUCACCUGGAGAUGGAUCUCCUCUCCAAAUUAAGAAACCCAUUUAUUGUGGAGUAUAAAGAUUCAUGGGUAGAAAAGGGUUGCUAUGUAUGCAUUAUUAUAGGUUAUUGUGAGGGUGGAGACAUGGCGGAAGCUAUAAAGAAAGCUGGUGGUGUUAUGUUCCCUGAGGAGAAACUGUGUAAGUGGCUUGUUCAACUUCUUAUGGCGCUUGAUUACUUGCAUGCGAACCAUAUUCUUCAUCGUGAUGUCAAGUGUUCAAAUAUAUUUUUGACAAAAGAUCAUGACAUACGCCUUGGUGAUUUUGGACUUGCCAAAAUGUUGACUUCCGAUGAUCUAACUUCCUCUGUCGUCGGAACUCCUAGCUAUAUGUGUCCUGAACUCCUUGCUGAUAUACCUUAUGGCUCUAAAUCAGAUAUUUGGUCCCUUGGAUGUUGUAUAUAUGAAAUGACCUCGCUUAAGCCUGCAUUCAAAGCAUUUGAUAUACAGGCCCUGAUUAACAAAAUUAACAAGUCCAUAGUGGCUCCAUUGCCAACAAAAUAUUCUGGUGCAUUUCGUGGUCUUGUCAAAAGCAUGCUGCGGAAAAAUCCAGAGCUUAGACCUAGUGCUGCAGAGCUACUCGGGAACCAACAUCUUCAACCUUAUGUUCUUAAGGUCCAUCUCAAAAUCAAUGGCCCAAGGCGAAGUACUUUGCCAGGUCUUUGGCAAGAAUCCAACUACAUGAAGAAAGCUAGAUUUCCGAAGUCAGAAGAUGAUCGUGUUUCUGUCUCUGGGAAUAAGUGGCAUUCUAUUAGCAAUGAUAGGACCUUAAAUCCCAAUGUAUCAGGAGCGGAGGUAGAGUCUCUAUGCUCUACGCUAGAAAUAGACUGUACUCCUGAUAAUAUAAAUCAAAGAUUUGCUAAACUUUCUAUUGGAGACAAUCACGAUUUGAAGUCACAGCAUAAGUCGGCUGUUUCGAGAACUUCUAGUAAUGUCAGGACUCCUCGGUUAACUGCAUCAAAAGCUUCUGCCAGCCCCAAGAAAUCAAUGCUAUCCUCAAAGAAUUAUAAGACGCUUCCUGUUUCACACAACAUGAAACAACCUGUCCAUACAACUCGCAGAGCAUCAUUGCCGUUUCCACGAAGUUGUGCCAUUCAGCUGCCUCCCUGCAGGUCCAGUACUGGUUUACUUUGCCAUGUAACUUCUCCAAAUAUUUCAGUCAACUCUCCCCGGAUUGAUAGGAUAGCAGAAUUCCCAUUAGCAUCAUAUGAAGACCAAUUGUUUCCCAUCAAUAGAUCUUCACCAAACUCGUCACAGGGUUCCUCAGGUUCCCCUCCUUGUGGCAAUGAUUCGACAUUGGUAGACAAAUGCACAAUCAAGGUAUGUGACACAUCCUAUGUUACGCCAGGGUGUACAUAUGCUUGGCAGGGAAUCAAGCGCAGCAUGCUCAAGAAAAACAAUGAGGAUAAAAGUGGCUCAUCUGAUCAAAAUGCAAAAGCUGGAGGGUCAAGCCACAACUCUUCGGACUUGCACUGCCGGCAGUUUGAUACAUCAUCAUUCCAACAAAGGGCGGAGGCAUUAGAAGGUCUACUUGAAUUUAGUGCAAGAUUACUGCAGCAGGAAAGGUAUGGAGAACUCGGAGUUUUAUUAAAACCGUUUGGACCAGGGAAAGCUUCACCAAGAGAAACUGCUAUUUGGUUGAGCAAGAGUUUCAAAGAGAACACUUUCAGCCGAGAACAAUCCACUUAAACUGCUGUAAUAUCCCAUAGUCACGUUUGUAGAGUUCCGUGUUUCUUUCACAUAUUUAGAUAGCAAUUUUUUAUAGGUAACAACUUUUUUUCAUUUACCCACUUUCAUUUUCACUUACUGCAAUGAUGUAACUCACUUUCAAUCUGAUUAAUGAAAAAGACGAUAGAUCUUUCCACGAAUUGGUAACAUCGAUCUGAGUAAUUACCUAAAAUGAUAAAUAUCUAGAAACAUUUUCUAAACUUUUAUUCCACUUCCUAUUUGUCUUUGACAGCCCAUAAAAUAAUUGUUCGUAUGUAAAAGAUAGCAAAAAUUAGGGAUAAAGUGCACUUGUUAUAUCUACGUUUUCCCUUUCAUAAAUGAUUUUGUUAUUGUACUGGCAUAUUACCACAUACCACGCUUUUCUUGCGAAGUACAGGUAGUUGGGUGAUGAAAUUGCGUUGCCCAAACUAUAACACAUUUUAUAGUAUUGUCACAAAGCAGGAGAGUUCAAUAAUAGGAAUCAGUGGUGACCGAGCUGCUGCCAAAGGAAUCGCGCUUCCUGUCCCCAUGAAGAUUGAUAGACCAAAGAUCCAGGCUUCCAUGAUCGAAACGUAAUGAGUUUGAGAACAGAUUUUGUCUUGGACCAUUCAAUGGGGAUUCCACAGACUUCCCUUUGUUCCUCAUUCCCCUUUUGGGUCGUUGUCUGGGUUCACUCUGCGACCUUGCUUUAGCCCUGGAAGAUUCAGUCUUGUUCAUGUAAUUUGGUGACAGUGACUGACGGUGAGACACUGAGUGACGCUGAGAAGUCGAUAAGGCGGCCAUUGCCGUUGUGUUAAAUUCAGACACGACCCGGAAGUUUUCUGGGCUGUUUGGUUCCACUAUUUGAGUAUUCUUGUAUUGAUGUUUUCGUUUGGAAACAACUGGCACAUGGUUGGAAUAGAAUGUCAUGAAAUCACGUUCUCUGGCCGCCUUAACAUAUGAA